AUGAGAUCUCUAGUUGUUCUGCUGGCAUCUGCCAUUGGGGCCCUUGCGGCAUCCAUUGAAGAUUGUCCUGGGUAUACGGCUUCUAAUGUCGUCGAGGGAAGUGGUACGCUCAUGGCGGAUUUGUCGCUAGCGGGUGAUGCAUGCGACGUUUAUGGCACAGAUUUACCCAAUCUAAAAUUGCUGGUUGAAUAUCAAACCGAAACUCGGCUGCAUGUGAAGAUAUAUGAUGCUGGUCUUGAUGUGUACCAGGUCCAGGAGCAAAUCUUACCGAGGCCAAGCAGCCAAAACGUAUCUUCGUCAGAUGCUGCCCUGCAGUUCUCGCUAGUCGAAAACCCUUUCUCAUUCUCCAUUUCACGAUCUAAUUCUGGGGAGGUUUUGUUCAACACUACCGGUAGUCAGCUGGUUUUCGAGUCUCAAUAUGUCUAUCUCAGAACUCAGCUACCCAAGAAUCCCAACAUCUAUGGGUUAGGAGAACAUUCGGACUCAUUUCGACUUCCGACUUCGAAUUACCAGCGUGUCCUGUGGAAUGCAGAAUCGCCAUUUAUCCCGAGGGAUUCGAACCUUUAUGGAAGUCAUCCUGUGUACCUUGACCAUCGGGGAGAAGCGGGGUCUCAUGGUGUAUUUCUCUUAAAUUCUAAUGGGAUGAAUAUCAAUCUCAACCAUACCGACUCUGGUGACCAGUCUUUGGAGUAUAAUACGAUUGGUGGCGUACUAGAUUUCUAUUUCCUUGCUGGACCUAGUCCUUCCGACGUCAGUCGACAAUAUGCGGAAGUUGUCGGCUUACCUGCUAUGAUGUCUUACUGGACAUUCGGGUUCCACCAGUGUAAAUACGGAUACUGGGACGUCAAUUACGCAGCUGAAGUAGUUAGCAACUACUCAGCAGCGAAUAUACCCCUUGAGACGCUAUGGGGUGAUAUAGACUAUAUGGACCUGCGACAGGACUUCACAACGGACCCGGAACGGUUCCCGUUACACAAGAUGCGGGAGCUGGUCGAAACCCUACACCAGAGAGCUCAGCAUUAUAUCAUGAUGCUCGAUCCUGGUAUUCAUAGGCUUGCAAACUAUUCGACGUUCACUAGGGGCGAAGAGAAAAGUGCCUUCCUCAAGGCCGACGAUGGGUCCGAUUAUCGUGGGGUACAGUGGGCAGGUGAAGUGGUCUGGCCAGAUUGGAUCGCAUCGAAUACUCAAGAUUGGUGGACGGAUGAGAUUUCGCUCUUUUUCGACCCCGAGACGGGCAUUGAUAUCGACGGGGCCUGGAAUGACAUGAACGAAGCGUCCAAUUUCUGUCCCAAUAUCGAUUGCGAUCCAGCCCAGCAGGCAAAAGACGGCAACAAUCCUCCCCAGCCGGCUAACCCUCCCCGUAACAAUACGGGUAGGCCGAUUCCUGGAUUCCCAGACGAUUUCCAACCGCAAUCAUCUGCCGAGCUCAGCUCCAGACAAACAGACAGUGGACAGAUGAAAGGUCUUCCAGGGCGCGAUCUCUUCACACCAAAGUAUCGCAUUAAUAAUCACAGGGGCGAAUUAAGUGAUGCUACGCUAUACACCAACAUCACGAACUCUGACGGAACCUCGCAAUACGACACGCACAACUUAUACGGCCUCACUAUGAUAACCGCAACACGCGCUUCUCUUCUCGCCCGGCGGCCUGACAGACGUCCCUUCGUGCUAACGCGCUCGACAUUUGCCGGGGCCGGAGCUCGCGCCGCACACUGGUUCGGCGACAACAACUCUACGUGGUCCGACUAUCGGGUGUCUAUUCCGCAGCUACUAGGUUUCGCCUCUGUGCACCAGGUCCCGAUGGUCGGUUCGGACGUAUGCGGGUUCAACGGUGUAGCGGAUGAGAAGAUGUGUGCGCGGUGGGCGCUACUCGGCGCGUUCAUGCCGUUCUAUAGGAACCAUGCGGGGGACACGGCGCCGCCACAGGAGUUUUACCAGUGGGACCUCGUCGCAACGGCGGCGCGCAAGGCCAUCGAUGCCCGCUACCGAUUGCUGGAUUACGUGUACACGGCCAUGUAUCGCGCCGCAACGACUGGGGCGCCGAUCGUGAAUCCACAGUUCUUUUUAUAUCCGACUGACGCGAAUACGUUUGGUAUCGACACGCAAUUCUUCUAUGGUGACGCACUUCUCGUGUCUCCUGUUGUCGAUGAUUAUGCUGAGGCUGUUACUUAUUACCUACCAAAUGACAUUUUCUAUGAUUUCUGGACGUUGGAACAAGUCAGAGGUAAAGGGGGAAAUGUGACCGCCAGUAAUGUGACUUGGACUGAUAUCCCUGUUCAUAUUCGUGGCGGUACGAUAUUACCGUUGAGAGCUGAGUCGGCUAAUACAACGACGCUACUACGACAGAAGGACUUCCAGGUCAUUGUGGCGCCUGGCGUGGAUGGUAAAGCGACUGGGUCGUUAUAUUUGGACGAUGGUGAUAGCUUGGAUGUAGGUGAUGAGAAGUCGGAUAUCAGUUUCUCAUGGGAUGGGACAACUUUCAAGGCCGAUGGGACUUUUGAAUAUGCAACUGAUGUCAUGGUAGAGAAAGUGGUAAUACUUGGUGAUGAGCAGACGAGUCGGGAGGGACCGUGGAGUUUGAACGAGCCGUUUGAGUUCGCGUUGAAUAAAUGA